AUGCAGCCACCACACUCACACAACCACACCUCCAUCACACGCCCCUCAAAUUAUAAACACACACUAGACAGACAUGCAGCAGAAUGUUGUCCCAACCCCAGUCACUCACCAGUAACAUACUCACACGGCGCUCCCCACUACCCCUUCUCCGGACUCGGAGGACAGCUUGACCGCCUCCGCCGUCAGCCGCCUGCGGUGAAAUCCACCCGCAGAGAUGUCCUGUACAGACUCCAGUGCAACAGACCAUGUAAGGUAUCUGCGACCGCUACACCCCCGGGCGUGACUCCACCCAGAAGGCACUGCGGCCUAAUUCAACUUCCGGUCGGAGAGCUCCCGCGGGUGUGGUGUAGGGGACUGAACAACCAGGAUUGCUGGGGAGGUUCAACUCCGGCGCUGCCCUCUGUCUUGACGCACAGUUGUGAAACUGCAUUUCGAGUAGAGAAAUUCCAGGAAGAACAUUCAGAGCCUAUACUCAUGGAGCCUAGCAGCAGGAAGCAAAUCUUGAAGAACAUAGAUUUCAAUUCCAUUUAUUUUCUUAUAUACAACAUGGCAGCUCAAAGAAACAAAACUUUUUUCAAACAUUGGAAUGAUGGAAAACUUGGAAUACAGUACCAGAACAAUUACAAGAAGUUCUAGGAAAGAAAAGCUGAUGUUGCUGGAUUAAUUUUCCAAAGGAAAAUGAAAGACAAUAAAGAAGUUCUACUUCACUGAUUUCUGCAUGAAACAUUUCUGAAUUAGACUCAUAUAAAGAGCAUCAUCAUGUCUAAUUUGCUGCAAGAUAAUUUAAGCAAGACUAGGAAAAAAUGAGCAAUGUACAAUAUACCAGGGAAACACUAUGCUUUGUUAAAUAGCAUGCUGAAUUAUCAAGUUUCUAAUGUUUUGUUUACCCAAUAUCAGGCAGUUCAAAAAAAGCAGGGCAGGGGGCUCAGUGGUUCUGCUGCUUGCCUUGCAAGCACAAGGACCCAAGUUCUA